GUAGAGAGGUUAGUUCGCCAUUUCCCGAGUAAUGGCGCUAAAAUCGUUCCCCGUCCUCCCCCACCCGGUCACAACAGGAAAGUUUUACCCCCGGACUUCACGGAAACAUAACACUGACGGGUAUCGUACUACUUUGAGAGGUUAACAAACAAUACUAUAAUGUCAGAAAAAAGUUUGUCGAAGAGUUUGCGUGUUGAGAAAGACGAGAAAGACCCUGCGACAUUGUCGGAGCUGUUUGAUAACGCCUUCGAACUGUUCAACGGCAUUAACAAAACACAGGAGCCUACAAACAGCCCAAAAGUACAGUCAGACAUAAGGCGGACAAUGAGUAUGUUUGAAGAUGCAACGAGACUGGUCUCUAUAGUGGAUAUGUUCAGUGACAAUGAAAGUUUCGAAGAAGUGUCAACAGAAAAUGUCAAGUACUUCUUGCUGCCAGCUCUAUUAGGCACACUUACUACUAAAAUCUGCGGCAACGACGACAGAAUGCACAUUGUCAAGGUAGCAGAGAUCUAUUUUGUAGAUUUCCUGAAACGUGUCAAAGUCUAUGGUCUGACGGAUGUUGAAAUACCAGAAAUUAAUUCAACUGAUGGGAAAGAUGAAGCAGGCGAUAAUCAAAACAAAUCAAAUAAGGAAACUAUCACCGAAAUGGUGUGUCGGAGAAAUACGAAAUUGCAAAGAUACAAAGAACAGAAGGACUUGGAAUCUCGGUUAGACAUUCUGAAGAAAAAUUUAGACAAUCCCAACAUCGACGACGAGACCAAGAGAGAAUACUUCGUUACCCUUCUAAAGUUAUAUAUAAUCCAAACGAUCGAGGAGUUGAAUUCGUUGGCUGCGGAGAAGACGAUUUUGGAACACAUGAAGAGAAUGGGACGACCACACAAUUUGCCCUCGCAGAUGUCCCAAAAACAGAAACCACCUACUCCAAAACUACAACCGAUUAUCAUUACUCGUGACGAGUUGCAGAAGCAGGUUUAUGGCGCUGGCUAUCCGAGUUUACCAGUCUUAACGGUCCAAGAAUUCUACGAUCAAAGGGUCAAAGAUGGAGAUUGGCCUGAUCCGUCACAACGUAACCAAAUGAACUCUCGAUGCCUACAAAAUAUGGCGAGUAGCGACAAAAGUUCGAACGAGCAAGAAGACACCGAAGCCGCCGAGAAGGAGGAGAAGAUCGAAAGGGACGAUCCCGAGUUCCUCACACAAACGCGCGCCAUGGAUGAAUACAAGGACACGCAUCGCCGCGGUUGGGGCAAUCGCGCCAACAGAAGUUAAACUUUUAAGAAUUAUAUUUCCAAAAUUCAGACGCGGAUGUUGCGGUGUGUGCCGUACCGACACCAUUUUCCACGUUUCCGUUUCUCGAGGAACUCGAAUGCCGCGUGACACAUUAUGCUUCGCCGGAUCUUACGCAACGUCGCAGGACCGUCUUAAGAAAUAUGGGUUAAUGGUAGAGGAAGAUGCUAAUUUUCCAAGCGGACUAAAAACAGACAUGCACGCAGGUGAACGCGAAUUCCACGAACAAAUCGGCGGAGUGAGCUCUCAGCAGGGGAAAUAAACGGAAGAUCGCACGAAUUAAAUGUGGAAAUCUGGAAGAUCGCAACCUCCGCGAAGUCGAGACGAUUUUCCAGCCGGAAUAACUUUGUUUAGUCUGAGCCGAUGAUGGAAUAAAAAGAAAGGGAAAUCUACCUCCACCCGUUCCCGACGAUUAAGGCAGUCCGCCGCGUCUUUUUCAGAGAGCUGUAUCAUAUAUUUGCGCGCGCGCGCGCGCGUUAAAUCUAUAGUAAAGUUUUGUUAAGUUUUAACAAUACGACGCGGGAAGACGACGAGUAUCGGUCUUCGGUUUGAAUACGCUAUUGUUGCCCAUUAAAGAGGAGAAUAAAGUCGUGAGUAAUUUAUUACGGAA